UGUCGGUGAAGAUCAGACCGGAUUACUUCGCAUGAAGCUGCCGGAGAAACGCGUGCAGAAAGUGAAAUUUUUAUUGCAACAAUGCUGGGACAAAUGUUUGCCGUGGCCAUCAUUGCCAUGACUCUGUUGGAAAAUAUCCAAGCGCAACGGCCCUCCUUUGCGGGAUUGAGGCCGCCAGGUGGACUAAGUCAGAAGGACAAGUACCACGCAACCCAGAACACAGCCGUUGAGAAUAUCACCGGAGUGGAUAUAGCUACAAGAUUCGGAGAGCCAUCCAGCUCGCAGAGGCCAGCUCUAGUCGAUCUACCCUUUGGAGCCUCCCAGAGGCCGCCAGUUGGAGUUCCCCUAGUACUGCCAAUAAGUGGGUCUGCUCCGGAGGCGGCUCCCACUGUGGCCAACCGAUUUGGAGCAGAGGACACUCCACAGUCGACAACCCAGCCCGCCAGUUCCGCAGCCGGAAGACCCGCAACAUCAGUGGCCCCCGUUUUCAGCCAGCUGCCCAUCGAUGCCCAUGGUGACCGCGAGUGGGUCAACCACUUGAGUCAGCUGCCCGUGGAGCAGCAGCCCUUCUGGUUCAUUAACUACCAGGCCAUCGAGGCCCAUCGAAAUAGCUCGAGACCGAAUGUGGGCGGCCUGGAGACGCGGGCAUCUUUCUUCCGCGGUUAACUAUUGAAAUUAAUAACAAAAAUGAGAUUUUUAAAAUCGUCCUCUUACUUACUCAAAUAUGUGCGAAUUUUUAAAUAUAGAAUUACCUAUUUAUUUUACAUAAUGAAAAGGAAAA